CCGUUGCCUCCGAGCCCGCCAGGAAUGCUGCUGCCGCUGCUGCCGCUGCUGGUGCUGGGACCCGGGCUCGGGCUCGGCGCGGCUUCCUGGAGGUCACAUGUGCACCGGCGUGGGCUUCUAGAACUGGCAGGGACCAUGAAUUGUGUUGGCACCCGUAACCCCCUGUCCUACAUAAGCUACGGCUGCUACUGUGGCCUGGGCGGCCAUGGCCAGCCCCGGGAUGCCAUCGACUGGUGCUGUCAUCGGCACGACUGCUGCUACACGCGUGCCGAGCAGGCCGGCUGCAGCCCCAAGAUGGAGCGGUACGCAUGGCAGUGCAUCAAUCAGAGCAUCCAGUGCGGACCGGCGGAGAAUGAGUGCCAAGCAAUCCUGUGCCGGUGCGACGAGGAGAUCGCUUACUGCUUGGCCCGGACUGAGUACAACCUCAAGUACUUAUUCUACCCGCGUUUCUUAUGCGAGACGGACUCGCCCGGGUGUGACUGA